UUAUUAAUUUAAUACCAUGACCGGGGGGUGGACCGGAUAAGCGAGGAAUCAUGAUCAUGAGACGAGUGUCCAAGCCAUCUCACCCACCGACAAGCGUGUAUCAUUCUUGUCUGUUUCGCCAACCCGCACAUUUGAUAGUUUUGAUCUUCCUAUCGUGAACUUCAACAUUGACGUAUAGCCCGCCGACAUGUCACUCGAAAAACUUUCAUCGAACAAGCAUUACGAGGGGACGCUCGCAAAGUACAAGUUUAGAUCUGCUGCUCUGGGCGAUACCUAUACUCAAUUCAAUCUCUUCCUCCCCGCCAAUGCGGCUCAGGGGAAGGUCCCUGUACUUGUUUAUCUUGCAGGACUCACCUGCACGGAGGAUAAUGGGGCCCAAAAAGGCGGUUUCAUGCGCGAUGCAGCAGCUCAGGGUAUCGCACUGCUCUUCCCUGAUACCUCCCCGCGUGGUGCAGGUAUCGAUGGUGAAGAUGUAGAUUGGGAUUUUGGCAGUGGCGCUGGGUUUUACCUGAACGCAACGAAUCCCAAGUGGUCCAGACAUUAUAACAUGUUCAGCCAUGUCACUCAAGAGCUCCCUCAGGUGCUUGAAAAAGCAGGCUUGCCUCUCGACUUCACACGCCAGUCAAUUUUCGGACACUCGAUGGGCGGACACGGGGCGCUGACUGUGUACCUUGCGUCACUGUUAUCGGGGAUGAAGCAAUAUCGUAGUGCAUCUGCGUUCUCACCCAUCUGCGAGCCAUCCGAGGUGCCAUGGGGCACGAAGGCAUUCUCGGGGUACCUUGCGGGCGGUGUUGCGGAGGGGAAAGACCGAUAUGAUGCAACAGCGAUGAUCGGGAAGGUGAAAGGAGCGGUGAAUAUACUUGUGGAUUAUGGUACCGCGGAUAAUUUCCUGUACCAACUGCAUCCGGACAAGUUCCUCGAGGCUGCGCGUGUGGCUGGGCAUGAUGAGGUACAGGUACGAGUAAGGAAACAGGAAGGGUACGAUCAUAGCUACUACUUCAUAUCGACAUUUGCAUCAGACCAUAUUCACUUCCAUGCUAACUUCCUGAAAGCGUAGAAUGAAUAAGUAAGAAGCCAACCUUUUUGUACGAAUGGAGAUACGUUAGCUGGGCGUUAAGUCUUGCAAUGGACUAUGCAGUGAGAAUUGGAUUGACCUAAGUUAUCUGCCGAAGACGG